UUCGCGGUGAAGCGGUUAGCGCACACACACACGUUCUUCAUAUUUAUACCCCCUAUGGGAAGACGCUUCUCGAUAACAAACACUCACCACAUUCUCUCUCACUUGGCUCACAAACAAAGAACAAAGAGAAAACCUUUAGACGCUUCAGAGAUCAAAAGAUGAACAUAGCUCACACCAUCUUCGGCGUCUUCGGAAACGCAACUGCUCUGUUUCUCUUCUUGGCUCCUUCGAUAACAUUCAAGAGAAUCAUCAAGAACAAAUCUACUGAACAGUUCUCUGGCAUCCCUUACCCUAUGACUCUCCUCAACUGUCUCCUCUCCGCCUGGUACGGACUACCCUUUGUGUCAAAAGACAACACGCUCGUGAGCACAAUCAACGGAACAGGAGCAGCGAUAGAAACCAUCUACGUCCUGAUCUUCCUUUUCUACGCACCGAGGAAAGAGAAAGCUAAGAUCUUUGCUAUCUUCGCCGCCGUCUUGGCCGUGUUCGCAACGGUGGCUCUAGUCUCUCUCUUUGCCCUCCAUGGUAACGGUAGAAAACUCUUCUGUGGUAUCGCAGCCACCGUUUUCUCCAUCAUCAUGUACGCUUCUCCACUCUCUAUCAUGAGGUUGGUGGUAAAGACGAAGAGUGUAGAGUACAUGCCAUUCUUUUUGUCUCUCUUUGUGUUCCUCUGUGGUACUUCUUGGUUCAUCUAUGGUCUCAUCGGUCGUGACCCUUUUGUUGCAAUCCCAAAUGGGUUUGGAUGUGCUUUGGGGACAGUGCAGUUGAUUCUCUACUUCAUCUACUGUGGAAACAAAGGCGAGAAAUCAACAGAUGAUGCUGAGAAGGAUGAGAAGAAGACGGUGGAGAUGAAAGAUGAGGAGAAGAAGAAACAAAAUGUGGUUAAUGGAAAGAAGCAAGAGCAGCAAGUUUAAGAUCUUUGAAUGAUUGUUUAACUCUUCUUCAUUAGAGUAAUGCUUUUGUGUUUUAGAUGUGAUGUAAAAAAGAAAAAAACUAUGCUGAAAAAUGUAAGAUUCCUACUGAUAAGUGAUUAACGAGUGAUUGAAGUAA